AUGGCUCAGUUACAAGCGAUCUCUUCGUGUUCGUCUACCAAUCUUCUUUUCCGUGGCUCUAAAAGAGAUUCAGCUGGUAUUGGCCACAAAUUUCUGUGCCCCAGAAAAGUAGCUCCACAACAAGAGCUAGGGGUGAAGGCCAGUGAAUUUCAUGGCCCAGCUGUCGUCCAAAAAGCAGCCAACUUUGGCUUCAACCAUGGCAAUCAUGCUAUUCGAGCAGUUUUAGCUAGUGAUAAGGAGGCAUCAACUUCCAGUGGUGUGGAUGAAAAAGUUUUGCGUAAAAAGUUGGACAAAGUGGUCCUUGCCUACAGUGGUGGUUUAGAUACUUCUGUAAUUGUUCCUUGGCUCAGGGAGAACUAUGGUUGCGAGGUUGUUUGCUUCACUGCCGAUGUUGGUCAAGGCUUGCAAGAAUUGGAAGGUUUGGAACAAAAGGCCAAGGCUAGUGGGGCAUGCCAACUAGUUGUAAAGGAUUUGAAAGAGGAAUUUGUGAAAGAUUUUAUCUUUCCUUGCUUACGAGCUGGUGCCAUCUAUGAGAGAAAGUACUUGCUCGGGACUUCAAUGGCUCGUCCAGUUAUUGCAAAGGCUAUGGUUGAUGUUGCAAAAGAGGUUGGAGCUGAUGCAGUUUCACAUGGUUGCACGGGGAAAGGAAAUGAUCAAGUUCGGUUUGAGCUCACAUUCUUUGCUCUGAAUCCAGAUCUCAGCGUGGUUGCUCCUUGGAGGGAAUGGGAAAUAACUGGAAGAGAAGAUGCCAUUGAGUAUGCUAAAAAGCAUAAUGUGCCUGUUCCUGUGACCAAGAAAUCCAUUUAUAGCCGUGAUAGGAAUCUGUGGCAUCUCAGUCAUGAGGGUGAUAUUUUGGAGGACCCAGCAAACGAGCCAAAGGAGGACAUGUACAUGAUGAGCGUGGACCCAAAAGAAGCACCCGACCAACCCGAGUACCUAAAAAUCGGCAUAGUUGAAGGCAUUCCUGUCUCGGUCAACGGUAAAGAACUUUCUCCUGCAACCCUCCUCUCAGAGCUCAACGAAAUAGGUGGGAAGCACGGUAUAGGGCGAAUUGAUAUGGUGGAAAAUCGGCUCGUGGGCGUGAAGAGUCGUGGGGUCUAUGAGACCCCCGGUGGGACCAUUCUCUUUGCUGCAGCCCGUGAGCUCGAGUCCCUCACGCUCGACCGUGAGACAAUGCAGGUAAAAGACUCUCUUGCCCUUAAGUAUGCUGAGCUGGUUUAUGCGGGUCGAUGGUUCGACCCGCUCCGCGAGUCCAUGGAUGCUUUUAUGAAGGAAAUCACAAAGACCACGACUGGGUCAGUGACCCUUAAACUUUAUAAGGGGUCGGUUAGUGUUGCGGGCCGAGAAAGCCCGUAUAGUCUUUAUAGGGAGGAUAUUUCGUCAUUUGAGACGGGGGAGAUUUACAAUCAGGCUGAUGCGGCUGGUUUUAUCCGCCUUUAUGGGCUGCCGAUGAGAGUUCGGGCUAUGCUCGAGAAAGGGAUCUGA